AUGGGCCUCCCACAGCAACGAACCUUCCCCAAGCCAUUGCAAACUAUAUUUUUGCUUUUUGUUGGGACAUUCAUUGUCAAGACUCUAGUCACUCUGCCAUGCUGGGAGCUAGACUCGGCACUGGGCUCUCUCGGCCAUGUAGACUGGUCUCGCUUUGCUUAUGUGCAAUACGCCACCAGUACCUCACAUAUCUGCAACUCGCUCAUGAUUUUUGAAUCCCUCGAUCGCUUGCAAGCCAAGGCGGAUCGGGUCAUGAUAUAUCCAGUGGAAUAUUCUCUGGAAGAGAGCGACAACAAAGUAGCAAGCCAUCUGCUCCGGAAAGCCCGUGAUCAAUAUAAUGUCAAACUGGUUCCUGCUGAGAUUCAAAGCCGGGCUAGUGGUGAUGUAACCUGGGCCAGCAGCUUUACCAAGCUACUAGCUUUCAAUCAAACGCAGUACGAUCGCGUACUAAGCUUAGACUCGGAUGCAACAGUUCUACAGCACAUGGACGAGCUUUUCCUCAUGCAACCUUGCCCUGUUGCCAUGCCCCUGGCAUACUGGAGAUCCGCGAACGACAGCUUCAUGACUUCUGCAUUGAUGCUCGUCACACCCUCUACAACAGAGUUUGGUCGAGUCAUGAAUGCCACACAACGAUCAGAUGAGACCAUCUACGAUAUGGAAAUUAUGAACAACCUUUACCAAGAUCGUGCCCUCGUCAUCCCACACGAUCCUUAUAUUCUCUUGUCUGGCGAGUUCCGCAGCUCAGACCAUGCGAACUAUCUGGGUGAAGGAAACAAUAAUUGGAACCCUGACGAUGUGCUUCAAAAGGCAAAAUACUUGCACUUCUCCGACUGGCCUGUUCCAAAGCCUGCCAAUGAGCCUUCAGAUCACAUUUUGCAGGAGAAGCAACCUUCCUGCCAUUCAAACCCGAUAACUGGGGAGCUUGAUGAUUGCCGCGAUCGAGACCAUUGGCUCGAAUUUUAUGCCGAUUACAGCCGGCGACGAGAGGAAAUAUGCGGCUUGGGUGUAUAA